CGAGCGGCGGCGGCCCGGAGCCCAGCCCGGCCCCCGGCACCGACACCCCGGGGAGGCGGGCCCGAGUGCGGGACGUGGCCCGCAGCCUGGACCUGCACCCCGAGGAGGUGCGCGGCGUGGCCGCGAUGCUGCGGCGGGUCCCGCUGGUGAUGCACGGGCACCGCGCCAGGCUGGGCCGCGCCGCGGAGCCGCGGGACCGCGGGGCGGGGACGGAGCGAGCCCCCGCUGCCCGCAGAACCGCCCCGAAACCCCAGGGCACGCAGGCGCGGAGCCGGGACGGCGGCGGGGCAGGAGGAGGCGCUGCGAAGGCGGCAGGGACAGCGGAGCCCGCCGGGAGCGGGGACAGCCCCGCGGGGCUCGGCCGGCGGCAGCCGAGCGACAAAGCCGGGGCAGGAGGGGAGCGGGGCCGGCGGGGAGCGGAGCGCCCCGCGUGUGCUCUGCCCCCGGUCCCCCCCCUGGCGCUGGCAGUGGCACUCGCAGGGCACGGCCCGGGCACAGCCAGCGCGGCGCUCCGCCUGCGGGGACAGCCGCUGCCCCAGCCCGGCCCGAGCACAGCCCCGGGGCUGCCUCUGCCCCGAAGCCCGCCCCGCCGCACCGGGGCCCGCGCCGCCGCCUUGGAGUGGCUGCCAGAGCUGUACCCCGAGCCCGCGGGGCUCAGCAUUGUCCCGGGGAAGCGUUGCCAGGAGGAUGUGAGGAUCGAGGUGGAGACAGCCGGGGCUGGAGUGGCGCAGGGGCAGCAAGGUCCCCUCUCCGAGAGGCCCCUGCUGGAGGUGAGGCUGGGCCAGCUGCACGCCUGGAUCAGCACCUGCAGCUUCUCUCCCCAGGGGCUGCUGGGAGCAGUGCACAGAGCCUGGAGCAGUUAUUGUGCCAAGUACAUCCACGUGAAGCAGGGGGCACCUGCUGGAAUCUCCAUGCUCCUGGCUGGCUACUGCCUGCUCAGCUAUGGCUGGAACUAUCAGCACUUCAAGCGGCACCGCUGGCGAAAAUACCACUGAAGGAGCUGGGGCAGCACCCAGGGAGCAGCCACAGCUCUUGGGGGGACAGCAGAGCAUCCAGGAGCAGGAUCCCAGCAGGAUUCCCAGCAGCAGGGGCCUGGCUGGGGCUGGAGCUGAGGAGGAGCCCCUUUGCAGGUCGGCUCGUGUGGCAGAGAGGUGACAGGGACAGCCUGUGGUCACCCCUCCGUGGCUCAGGCAGCUUUUAGUAGUGAAGUGAGAAAGCUUUAGAGGUACCUGAGAGAUCUGUGGGGGCAGGAGAGCCCCUGCAGGCUGCAGAGUCCCAGAUCCCUUGUCUGGGACAGGGGACACCACCUUGUCCCAAGCUGUCAUUAGAGAUUAUUUGACAAUUCUGCUGUAGCUGAGUGAAUUUCAGCCCCAAGAACCAUUCUCUUUAAAUUCAGAGCUCUGCCUGGCCCAGCCCAGUUUGUACUCACGCCUUGUACUGGUGGGACUGGCCAGGACCUGUGUGAAGGCACUGGAGCAGCAGCUCAGACCACAACACCCUAAUUCUGGGGAAGAAAAAUCCAUGGGAUGAGCUGUUGUGCCCAAAGGGCAAACCUGUGCCUGCAGCAGGCAAACCAGGACAGUCAGGAGUGCUAGUUGGAGCCUGCCAUUCCCAGACAUGUCUGGGAAAGGGUUGCUCAUAGUGCAGGCAUGAAGGGCAAAAAAAAAAAAAAAAGCCAAUGAUUAAAAGUCUGAGCUCUUUAUUCUGCAGAGUGCAGUAGUGCUGUGACAGAGGUGUUGCACCAAAAACUCUCACCAGCAAUAAAAACCUGUGUGGCUUUUC